AUGAUAAAAUAUUAUCAGAUUAGGCAAUCAAGUAGCAUGACUGUUGUUCUGAAACGGGAAAUAUAUGAUGAAGUGAGAAGUAAUUGGCUAUCUAUCGUUACUAUGAAUCCAUUGAUUUUAAUUUAUAUAAAUAGGAUAGCUAUUUCAUGUUUCUAUGUUUCGAUAUUUCCAAUCUUCUUAUCUUCCUGUCUUCCCAUAAGAAACAGCCCAUCAUACCCAAAUAUAUACAAGAUGCAAAAGACUCAAACCAAACAAGAAAACAAAGACAACUGCUGUUUGUUGUUAGCUGGAGCUGCUGUAGGUGCCGCAGGUGUCGCCGUUGCAGGUGCUGCUUGUGCUGGCGCUGCCUGUGGAUGCAACUGUGUCAUUGCCUAG